AUGUUAUUUGACAUAAAUGAAGAUUUAAAGGGUACCACUAUUGUCCUGGAUGAUGAGGUACAGGUUGAAGCACCAAGAUCCGGAAUGAAAUUUGAGAGUGAGAAUGAGCUUGUGGCCUAUUAUAAGAAAUAUGUCAAGCAAGAGGGAUUUGGUGUAAAGACGCAUAGGACUAAGAGAGAUGAUGAUGGGAGACCGAUGUAUGUGACCAUUGGUUGUGCCCUUGGUGGAAAAUACCAACCUAAGAACAUUAAUAUGUCGAAGCCAUGUGCAACAACUAAAAUGGAUUGUAAAACAAAGGUAAAUGCGAUGUUGAACAAGAACGACAAAUGGCUUAUCACUACAGUUGAAAGUGCACACAACCAUAUUACUAUCAGUCCCAAGAAGACAAGACUCUUGCGAUCUCACAAGCGUCUAGAUGACUACAGUCCAAGGAUCCUCGACCUCAAUGAUAGAGCCGGGAUUCGAAUGAACAAGAAUUAUUUUUCUCUUAUCGUUGACGUGGGGGGUUUUGAAAAUCUAGAUUUUCAAGAGAAAGAUUGUCGGAAUUUCAUUGACAAUGCUAGACAUUUAAGAUGGGUAAAGCAGGUGGCCGGCGAUGCCCUUAAUGUGUAUUUUCAAAGAAUGAGAAAUCAGAAUGAUGGCUUCGUUUCUUCCAUGGAUGUCGAUGAUGAUGGAAGGUUACGGAAUGUGUUUUGGGUUGAUGCACGGAGUCGAGCUGCCUAUGAGUAUUUCGGAGACGUUGAGAUGUUUCUUCUUCAAAUGAGCCAAUGCUUUUAUUUCCCAAAAGGACUUUCCAACCUAGCAUCAUCCAGCGUAAGAGGAAUCAUGGCUUCUUUGCUCGAGCAAGAAUUACGCAAAAGCAACUCAUCUUUGCCUCUGCUCAGUUUCACUUGUGUAAUAUCUGUACCUUAUGCAGUUUAUCUACUGAACAGAGUCGAAAAACUCCGACAAGAGAAUGGCAACCUUUAUAGACUUUGUGGUGUUAAAGAGGUUCAUGGUGGCAGCUUGAAGGAUUUGCCAUUUGAACAUAAUAGCCCAGAAAAAUAUUUUACUUGUGCUGCAGGUAGAACUGUUGUGAUGUAA